AUGAGAGAAAUAUUGGAUGGCGUAGAGUCAACUAAUGAGGUCGGUUCAUUAAAAAUUAAUAGACGAAAUGAAAAAAUGUCAAAAAAGAAAGCAUUCACCUCUCUUUUAUAUCUUGCAUCUAUAGUAUUUUUGCCCUGGUGGAUUUCUCUCUCAUUUAAUAAAAGUCUGGAAUCUUGGGUUACUGAUUGGUGGAAUACUAGGCAAUCUGAAAUUUUUUGGAAUGAUAUUCAAGAAAAGAAUAUUAUAAAAAAUUUCAUAGAAUUGGAAGAAAUCCUUCUUUUGGAGGAAAUGAUCAAGGAAGACUCAGAGACACAUCUACAAAACCUUCGUAUAGGAAUCCACAAAGAAACGCUCCAAUUAAUCAAGAUACACAAUGAGGAUCAUAUUCAUACGAUUUUGCACUUCUCGACAAAUAUAAUCUGUUUCGUUAUUCUAAGCGGUUAUUCUAUUUUGGGUAAUGAAGAACUUGUUAUUCUUAACUCUUGGGCUCAGGAAUUCAUAUAUAACUUAAGUGACACAAUAAAAGCUUUUUGGAUUCUUUUAUUAACAGAUUUUUUUAUCGGAUUCCAUUCGACUCGUGGUUGGGAACUAAUGAUUGGCUUUGUCUACAAAGAUUUUGGAUUUGCUCAUAAUGAUCAAAUUCUAUCUAGUCUUGUUUGUAUUUUUCCAGUCAUUCUAGAUACUCUAUUUAAAUUUUGGGUUUUUCGUUAUUUAAAUUGUGUUUCUCCGUCACUUGUAGUGAUUUAUCAUUCAAUGAAUGAAUAAAAAAGGAUCUACGGAUAUUAAUCCAAUUCAAUUACAGCGUUUCUUACUUUGUAGUUGUCCAGAAGCAAAGCAUGUAAAAGCAUACUUACUCUUUCAAUUUCUACCCAUCCCAAAGAUUUAUUCUAUAUA